GGACAAUGGAAAUAUAUAUAUGAUAUACAGAAGAAGGUAGGCCAGGGAAGCUGGAAGUCGACUAAUCUUUUGGCAGCAGCACCAAAUACCCUAAAAACUGUUUGAGGAUUAGUGCUGUGAGCCAGGACCACAGUUGGACAGUGACAUUUCUAUAGGUGUUAAGUUGCAAUGUGCAGUCUCUUUUCUAGGAAUAUGAUGUAUUCCAUGUGGCUUGUUCUGCUUUUGAUUUUGCUCUCAUACACUGUUUUGAGUAAUGGCCUCCCAAAUACAGCAGCUUUAGUCAGACUGGUGAAUGGCAGUAGCUCUUGUUCUGGGAGAGUGGAGGUUUUUUAUAAUUUACAGUGGGGAACAGUGUGCCAUGAUGACUGGGAUUUGGAUAAUGCAAUAGUGGUGUGUAGAGAGCUGGGCUGUGGAAGAGCUACAGAGGCCAAAAAAAAUGCAUAUUUUGGGCAGGGCUCAGGGCCAAUAUGGAUGAAUAAGUUUCACUGUGUUAACACUGAAAACACACUGAUGACAUGUCAAGCUGACAACUGGGGAAGUACCAGUUGUGGACAUGACAAAGAUGCAGGAGUCAUUUGUGAGGCCAAAACUCAGCUGGUUAAUGGCAUCAACUCUUGUUCUGGAAGAGUGGAGGUUCCCUAUGAUGGCCAGUGGGGAACAGUGUGUGAUAAUGGCUGGGAUCUAUCAGAUGCUGCAGUGGUGUGUAGAGAGAUGGGCUGUGGAGAUGUUAUAGAGGCAAAGACUGGAUCUUAUUUUGGACACAGUUCAUCUUUAUCAUCGAUGGAUUAUGUAAACUGUGUUGGAAGCGAAUCAACACUGAGCAUGUGUCCGUCUCAAACUCCGGUAACGUUCUGUAGCCAGUCAAAUCUUGCUGGAAUCUUCUGUCACUCUCUUGUCAGGUUGGUGAAUGGCAGUAACUCGUGUUCUGGGAGAGUGGAGGUUUUCUAUGAUGGCCAGUGGGGAACAGUAUGUCAUGAUAACUGGGAUGAUAAAGAUGCUGCAGUGGUGUGUAGAGAACUGGGCUGUGGUUCUAAUGGCGUAUUGGCAAAUAAAGAUGCAUAUUUCGGCCAGGGUUCAGGACCAGUAUGGUUAAAUGGUUUAGAUUGUGACACUGACUCUUCAGUGAGAAACUGUAAAUCAAGUGGAUGGGGAAAACAAACCUGUGGACAUGAGAAAGAUGCAGGAGUCAUUUGUGAGCCUCACAUUAGACUGGUUAAUGGCAUCAACUCUUGUUCUGGGAGAGUGGAGGUUCUUCAUAAUGGCACAUGGGGAACAGUGUGUGAUAAUGGCUGGGAUCUAUCAGAUGCUGCAGUGGUGUGUAGAGAGAUGGGCUGUGGAGAUGUUCUAGAGGCAAAGACUGGUGCUUAUUAUGGACAAGGUUCAGGAUCAGUAUGGAUGAAUGAUGUAAUGUGUAAUGGAAGUGAGUCUACACUAAUGAGCUGUACUUCAGCUGGGUGGAUUACAAACACCUGCACUCACAAUCAGGAUGCUGGAGUCAGCUGCAGAUUGAUAAAAUUAGUGAAUGGGCUCAACAGAUGUUCUGGAACAGUGCAGAUUCUUCAUGCUGGUCAGUGGGGAACAGUGUGUCAUGAUAACUGGGACACAACAGAUGCAUCAGUGGUUUGUAGAGAGCUGGGAUGCAACAAUCAUGCAGAGGCAAUGCUAAAUGCUUAUUUUGGACCGGGUGAGGGACAGACCUUGAUGAAUAACGUUCAGUGCACUGGGGAAGAGAGCACACUAGAAGACUGUGCAUUUGGAGGAUGGGGAAAUUCCCCCUGUGGCCAUGAAAGUGAUGCUGGAGUCAUAUGCAAAGAAGUGGGUGUUAAAUUGCAGUUUAGGAUUGAGGUGAAGCCUAACCCUGGAGAUGACCCAAAUAAUGCUGAUGGGAAGAUCUAUUUGGAAAAGAUAAAGGAGAAACUACAAGCAAACGGAAAUUUUACCUUAAGCUGGAAAACUCAGCCUGAUGGAAAAAUAUUCUACACAAGAGAGAAAACUGCACCUUGACAAGUUUUUACUGAAUACAGGAGAGUAACGAAGGCAAAAAAAAAGAAAGAAAAAAAAAAGAAGUCUAAUAAUGAUCUGUCUAGUGGGAUUGUUUGCAUUAAAUCAAUGUUAAAUAGAUGGUACAUAUUUUAAAUGUGGUAAGCCUAUAGCACAGCCAUAAGCAAAUGUCAUGUCAGUUUUACAUAGCCUUUGUGUAGUCACACUCCUCUGUCGUCAGGCUAUUGUACAGGAGUAGAAAUGUCAAAGAUUUUAAGAACAUAAGAUUUAGAUUUUAUUUAGAUUUUUCCUUUAGUGACAUUACAACAUAAAUGAAAGUAACUGUCAUUUACAGAAUGGUCCUUGCUGAUUUUAAUUAUGAAACAUACAUAUAGUUUAACUUGAGCUAUUAUUGUAACAUUAAAUCCAGUGUUGGGUAAUGUUACUUUUAAAAGUAACUCUUUAGAAUAUUGCAUUACUCCUUAAAAGUAACUUUAUUAAAAGGGUAUUUUUAUGGAAAGAAAAGCACUACAUUACUUUUAGAUACAUUUUUUUAGUUACUUUUUUCUCACAGCAAAUUUCAAUUCUGCUAUGCUAAGCAUUCCAUACAAAUAAGCCAUGCAUUGCACACAAGAGACAUUACAGGUGGGGCCAGGGUAGCUCGUAUUGACACUGACUACCACCCCUGGAGUUGCCAGUUUUAAUCCAGGGUGUGCUGAGUGACCCAGCCAGGUCUCCUAAGCAACCAAAUUGGCCCGGUUGCUAGGGAGGGUAGUCACAUGGGGUAACCUCCUCGUGGUCGCUAUCAUCAUAUUCAGUGCCCAUCGAAAAUGCCAGUCAACUUGAGAUUUUUUUUAAAUGUCAGAAAAAAAUUAAGUGCAGAAUGCCAAGCUAAUAUGUUAAAGGAAUGUGUCUGAUAAUAAAAUAAAUAUUU